CCUGCAGUCCCUACCCCCGGAAGAGCUCAUUUUUGGCGCACUACCAUCACCGAACGCCACUGUGACGCGCACAUUUGUGGAGAAUAUCUUCAGCGAUCAUCAACUGCAAGGACAUCAGCAGACACAGCCUCCGAGUUUCCCUGAAACGGUUGCCACGGAAAGUCCAGUCGCCUUGCCACCACCAGCAGAAAACAACAUUCCUCCAGAAGUGGAGUCAGAUCUGAACGUACUUUCCAAUCACGUGGCCACUUUCGGUGAAGUUGUGGGAAAUGCAAAUGACGAGGAAGAAGAGCGGGCAUGGACUGGAGAGGGACACUCAACAGCGGAGCCAGAAAGUAAAUUUGCAAAUAAAGUGACCAACGGCAAGUCGCAACUAAAGACGACACAUGACAACAAUGGCUACAAGUCGUCAGAGCUUCACAAUGGAAAGGCGGCGGCGUACCAGCUGUUGGAGAAGCACCAUCAGUCCCAGCCACCUUACUGUCCUCGACCACCUCCACCAGAGUUUUGGAAGCAGCAAAAUAAGCUGGUGAACCAGAUCAUGAUCACCGACGUGACCACACACGACCAGACCAUUACUAUUCGCGAGUGCAAAACUCCGCGGGGCUUCUUCAAGGAGCGCAAUGAUAUGAAGAGCAUCGCCGUCUCCACCGAGGCGCACUCGGAGCAGGUUUAG